UAGUAUUUGUCUGUUGGUGAACGUUUUCUUCAUUCUUUAAUUGUGCAAUGCCACGUCUUAGUAGUUCAUGCAAAAUUUGGCUAUAAGUUAUGGCAACAGCAGAUACCUCAUUUACUUCCGUAGCCGCUACCUAAUCCCACCUCAUUUUUUUCUAUCAUGCAAUUCAACAUCAACCCAAAAUUUUAAAAGAAUUGGCUAUAGCUUUUUACCAAAAAGAAGAACAUGGCUACUGCAAUUGAUCCCCAGUUAAAUGAAAAUACCAUUGAGGAUGGUAAUAGCAACAAAGCAGGGAUGAACAAGUACACUCUUCUUUGCGGACUUUUGGCCUCCACAAGCUCAAUCUUGUUGGGUUAUGAUAUAGGAGUGAUGAGUGGGGCAGUGCUUUUCAUCAAAGAGAAUUUAAAAAUAACAUCAACCCAAGUGGAAAUUUUAGUAGGAACCCUAAAUGUAUUCUCUCUAAUAGGAUCACUUGCCUCUGGUAAGACUUCAGAUUACAUAGGCAGGCGUUACACCAUAGUCUUAGCUGCAACAACAUUUUUAAUUGGUGCCCUUAUCAUGGGCCUAGCACCCUCAUUCCCAUUCCUACUCGCCGGUCGCGUAGUCGCCGGCAUCGGCGUCGGCUACGCCCUCAUGAUCGCUCCCAUCUACACAGCCGAGCUAUCUCCAGCCAUGUCCCGGGGUUUCCUCACCUCCUUACCCGAAGUCUUCAUCACUUUCGGUAUCUUAAUAGGUUACAUAUUCAACUACGCCUUGUCAGGCUUGCCUGCACACAUAAAUUGGAGACUAAUGCUGGGUCUCGCGGCAGUUCCGGCGAUCGGAAUCGGUAUAGGGGUCAUGGUUAUGCCUGAGUCUCCACGUUGGCUCGCCAUGAAAGGCAGAUUGAGUGAGGCAAAGCAGGUUCUUGGUAAGAUAUCAUCCACUGAAACUGAAGCUGAGUUAAGAUAUGAGGAAAUUGUCAAGGCAGCAGGCCCGGCCCGUGAGGGUUGGGAUGGUGGGCCGUGGGUUUGGAAGGAGCUUUUAUUAAGCCCAUCAAGGCCCAUACGUCGGAUGGUUGUGGCUGCUAUUGGGCUUAACUUUUUUAUGCAAGCAUCUGGAAACGACGCCGUUAUAUACUACUGUCCUGAAGUGUUUAAAGCAGCUGGCAUACACAAGAAAACGCAUCUUUUCGGCGUGAAUGUUAUCAUGGGGCUUGCAAAGACUUCUUUCGUGUUGUUCUCAGCUUUGUAUUUGGACAAAUUUGGAAGAAGACCUCUUUUGUUGUUGGGAUCCGCUGGGAUGGCCAUUUCACUUGCUGGACUUGGUUUGGGCUCUAAGUUUAUGGAGAGUUCCAGUAGCAGGCCCACUUGGGCUCUGGUAUUGUGCAUCGUAGCAGUGUGUGCUGAUGUUUCGUUCUUUUCAAUUGGGCUCGGCCCAGUAACAUGGGUUUACUCGUCUGAGAUUUUCCCAAUGAGGCUUCGGGCCCAAGGUACGAGCCUGGCCAUAUCGGUGAACCGGUUGGUGAGUGGGGCAGUGUCAAUGACAUUUUUGACAAUUUCUAAGGAAAUAACAUUUGGGGGAAUGUUUUUUGUGCUUGGGGGAGUAAUGGUGGUGGCUACUUUGUUCUUUUUCUUGUUUUUGCCUGAGACAAAAGGCAAGACCUUGGAAGAGAUGGAAACUAUUUUUGAAGAUAGAACUAUGAGUAAAUGUAAUAAUUAUAGGUCAAUGGAAAUGAGGCCAAUGUAAUAUUCAAUUAUUUUGUGUAAUGAUAAAUUAAAAGAAUAAAA